CUGUAAUUGAUUUGAAUCAGAUUCAAAAGAUGAGCUGAUGGACCAGAGAAAUCCUGUCUGCCCCUCCUUGUGGGGAAUUCUCCUAUUCUUUAUUUGGACCAUUGGCUAUGUGGACCCGGUCACCACCAGCACAAACCCCACCUCAACAUGGACUUUCUCAAAGGACCAAUCUUAUUUGGCCUUUUCACCCAAUCUCACUUUAGAACAAGACCAACAGAUUAUCUUGAGCUUUAGGACAAGAUCUCCCAAUGGAUUAUUAUUCUGUCAUUUGUUGGAGCAUUUUAAUCAAAGUUUUCAUCCUCUGCUGGAGAACUAUCAUUUUUGUGCCGAAUUAAGUCAUGGAUAUUUACAAGUGAAAUACAAUCUGAACCAGAAUUCUGAUGUGAUUAAACUUGGCAGAGCAUUGAAUGAUGACAGUUGGCAUACUGUGGAUAUAUUCUUGAACACAAAGACUGGUGAACUACAAGUCUCCUUUGAUGAUUUCCUGACAACCUCCAGAUAUCUCCGAGCUUAUACACAGUAUUUAGAUAUCAAGUCCAUAUUGGACUGGACAAGAUUAAAGUCUGUGGUGUCAUUUGCAGGGUUGUCACCAUCAGUUUCCAUUGAGUAUCACCAGUUUAUUGGUUGUCUGCAGUCUCUGAAGUAUCGUGAACUAAUUGAGGUGACAUGGGAGGUAUCCCCCAGCAUCAUAAUGCAGGCUGAGUCUGGGUGUCGGGACCUGUGUCAGGAGGAAAACCCCUGUGGAGAGGGGCGAUGUAUUAACCUGUACACUUCUGUUCACUGUGACUGCUUCUCUUUAGACAGGGAGGGAGAAAAGUGCCAAGACACCACUGUUACUGAAAUUACACUCCACGGCUAUGAAUGGUUGACCUACCAGCUUUAUACUGAAGAAGACAGGACCUUACGUGACAGAAAUAGAUUCAGCUUACAAUUCAAAUCAGACCGUGGAUCGGGGGUACUUCUGUAUGCAGUGGGCAGUACAGACAUGAGUGAUAACAGGAUGGAACAACACCAUUCCCACCUCAUUGCCUCUGUCCAUCAAGGAAAGGUCAAAGCCUCUGUUGCCUUUGGGGAUGACAUCCUAGAACAGACCAUGGGCCUGGGUGUGGACGAUAACAGGUGGCACAACUUGACCAUUGUCCAUGAGAAAGUGAAAGUUGAGUUUUACCUGGAUGGCACACCAUACAUUCAUGAGACUGUCAAUGAUAUGUACUACCUGGGCCUGGAUCCACACAUCUAUAUUGGAGGGGGCGAAAGCUUUGUUCAGACACUGGGACUUCAAGUGAGACAGAACUUUGCUGGAUGUCUGAAAAACAUUUUUGUCAAUGACCAUUCCAUUUUGUAUGAACUCAGAAGUAACUUCUCCACAAGCCAGCUCCAUGGCAACACAGAGAUCCAAUAUGGCUGCCAUAGAGUGGAUAACAUUCCUCUUACAUUCCCAAGAUCCAGGUCUAUCCUGUUCCUAUCUGGAUACUAUGGCAGUACGUUUAGUAUCCAGUUAGAGUUUAGAACUGUUAGGGAGAUGGCCAUAUUAUUAUCCACCGAUAUCCAGACAAUAGAUUCUUAUGGUUAUCCAGUUAAAGGAUAUUUUGAGGUAUGGAUUAAUGGAAGUCUUCCUAUGCUGAAGUUUGUGAGGUCCAUGUACCAGAACACUGCUGCUAACACUUCUCUGUUGCCAGUCAAUGUCAGCAAUAACAAGUGGCAUACACUGUCUUUUAAUCUUAAACAAGGCCAGGUGAAAAUUUCUGUGGAUAACUUGUCUUUGCCAUCACUGUUCAUUGGUAAUGACUCUCAAAUAUACAACAACAUAGAAAUAGGAUAUGGCCACAGAAUUUAUGAGGACUUCAUAGGAUUUGUUGGCUGCAUCAGAAACAUAGUAAUACAAGGACAUUUCUUGGAUCCUAUCAAUCUGAUGGAGAGUGCCCCCUCUGGGGGGUUCCACAGGGGACUCAUCCUGGACGGUUGUCAUUUGGUGGACCAUUGUCGGACUCACCAGCACUGUCGUAAUGGGGGGCGGUGCCUCUCUGACUGGGAUGGGGUGACCUGUGACUGUUCUAGCAGUGCUUAUCAAGGGAAAUAUUGUCAGUUUGCACGGUACAGGAGCAGCUGUGACAGUUACUACCAGAGUGGCUGGAGGAGUUCAGGAGUUUACGUCAUUGACGUAGAUGGCAGUGGUCCCGUCGAGCCGACGUAUGUUACCUGUCAAAUGGGAAUCAGUACUGAUGGAGAUUAUUAUGGACAGACAGUGGUAGAGCACAACCUCAGCAACCAGACUAUAGUCCGAGGAACUACACUGCCUGACUUGAUGAUAAGACUUACUUACAGAGAAAUGGGGUUUGUAGAACUUCAGAAGCUAACAAAGAUGUCAGCCUGGUGUGAGCAAUAUGUCCAGUAUACCUGCCUCAAUGCUCCCAUAGGGUUGGGAAAUCUGACCAGUUUUAAGUCAGUGGAUGGUACCGUGGUACAGUACAUAGGGGAUGUUGACCAGACUCUCUCCCCGGGCUGUAACAAGAGGCUCUGUAACUGUGAUAGUGAGGAUUUGGUGACUCGGGAAGACAGUGGUUACAAUAGGAUUACAAGUCAACUACCUAUAAAGGAAAUAACAGUAUAUCAGUUCACUGAUUUCAAAACACCUGAUUCCAAGGGAUUUCUUACCAUUGGACCUCUGAAAUGCUGGGGAAAUAAGGAAAGUCUGACCUUGUCAGCUGUGACCUUUGUGACAGAGGACUCUUUCCUUCAGUUACCAGGCUGGGUGUAUGGAGAUAUGGAGUUCAGUUUCCGUACCCACCAAACCUCCGCUCUACUGAUGUAUCAGUCCUCCUUCAGUGGAGACUGGUUCAAAGUCACAUUAGACUUGGAGGAUUCCAUUAGAAUAGAAAUUUAUAUAAAGGAAAACCUAAUUCUGAGUGAGACAUUGGAUGCUGAUAAAUCACUAAAUGAUGGAGACUGGCACAGGGUAACCCUAGAACUUAGUUCUCAUGAGGUUCGGUGUGGGCUUGAUUCCAAAAGAAAGAUUGUGUCCAUCCCAUUCCACAGUAAUAUUACCUUUGAUGGCUACCUUUACCUUGGAGGGAAAAUGUACAGUAGUGAAUCCUAUGAGAACUUGCCUGGAUUAACUGGCUGUGUAAAAGGACUAGUGUAUAAUGGCAGACCUCGGAACCUCAUCCAUGAUGUAUACGAUGACAUGCUAGGUAUACAGAGUGGAUGUAGGCCUCACUGCUCACCUGAUCCCUGUCAGAAUGGAGGACAUUGUGUGGAGAAGUGGAAUGAUUAUCAGUGCACGUGUACUAACAAAUGGGCUCACUCAGGCCACAGCUGUGAGAUCAAUAUAAAUGAAAAUGUAGUAACCAUAACUGGUGAGCAGGCAGCAUAUUUUGACUUGAGGAUCAGCUCUAAUCCCCUGGAAAUGGAGAACAGGAUAAUCUUUAGCUUCCACACACAGGUGAGGGAGGCCCUUAUCUUCUACAUGUAUGAUGAACUGAACAACUUCAUUCAGUUGGAGGUGGUGGAGGGCAAGAAGUUACGUUUCAGCAGGAAUAACUUCCGACAGAUCUUCUACACAGACAUAGAAGUUCCAGGAAUCACUGAACCAACAUGGAAACAAGUUGUUCUGGAUCCCUCAAAGAUAAAUAUUGAUGGAAAAAUCACGUACCUGAACCUUGCAAACAAUAAACUGGAGUCUGGUUAUAGCAGCAAUCCAUUUGCUAAUGAAGUGGAAACUGUCAAGCCUACCAGAAUGAAAGAGAAACAGCCUCCUUUUCUAAGAAUCUACUUAGGUGGAACUCCCGCCAAUGUAACUGAAUUGGACAAGUUUCAGGGUUGUAUGAGGGGUUUCAAAAUAGGGGAUCGUCUUAUUGAUCUUCAAAAGAACUCAGAAAGCAAUACAGGUUUAAAGAAAGGAUGUAAGGCAGGCUGCACAAAGAACUGGUGUUUAAAUGGUGGAUACUGUAUAGAGAGAUGGGGAGAUGGAGAUUAUGAAUGUGAUUGCUCCAGAAGUAAAUUUGCUGGAGAACGUUGUCAGCUGGAGGCUUCCGGAAUUUUCAGUGGACAGUCAGGUGUUCAUUAUCACUUCACUCCCUCUGGUCAGGCAGCCAGAACAAACACAGAACAAUUCUCAUUCAUCUUCAAGACCAACUGUACAGAAGGCAAAACCAUGGUUCUCUUACUGAUAUUCAGUAAGGAAAGGAAAGACUACAUUGUCAUCUCACUGAGUAACAAAUUUGUCAGAGCUCUGUUGAAACAAGGGAACAAUUUGUUUGAAGAGAAACUGAAGGGAUCUUUCUGUGAUGGGACAGCUCACAAAUUUGAAUACAAAAGGGAGAAUGAGGAAAUGUGGAUAAGGGCUGCAGAAAUUCAUAGUGUGGACCGAUCCCCGUGGAGGAAGAAAUUCACAACAAGUACACAAUUAGAGGACAUGGAUACUUUAUUGGUUGGUGGACUGAUUCCCAGUUUGACUGAAAUGAUGGAGCCAAAAUAUGGAAACCCCAACCUGACAGUGAACUUCACUGGAUGUAUAUCAGAUGUAAAUUAUAAACCAGUGAGAGGAGACUCCUUUGAAGUACAGCCAUUGAAACAGCUUAGGGACCUAAAAAAUGGCUCCUUGACUGUGUAUGGGCCACAAGUUCCCCAAUGCUCACCUGUAGAUUAUGAUGACCAUUCAGUGACCACAACAUCCACAGUAAAUGUACCUACUACCACAGCUAAUCCAUUGUCUGGUAUUACAAUGCCACCUUGGGAUGUAGGAAGCCCCAAUUUUUACAUUAUUGGAAUUGGAAACAAUGGAACAACUCCUCUACCACCUACCACAACCACUUCUACCGCCACCACAACAGCCGUUGUUACCACUGCGGUAUACCUCCUAACCACCGAUGAGGAACCUAGAAAUAUAACUCUGUUAGUGGGAAAAAUCACCACAGAAAAUGUCUCGUCAAUGACCAUAUUGAUAGUUUCCACGUUGGUGGCUCUACUGUGUCUUAUAGCCAUUCUGAUUGCCAUUGUCAUGAGGCGCAUGCGCACUCGUUACGUCACGUAUGACGUCCGCAAGAAAUACUUUGAUGACUUUGAGCUAAAGGAGCCGCUAAACCAUACCAUGGAGACUUACAGCCCUGCUCCACCUCCCCCUAAAAAAGAUAUUCAUAUCGCCACAUGGGAUGAAUUCAGCAUGGUGUCGGCUACAUUAGGAUCAAGUAAAAAGAAACAAAAUGGAAUUCUCCCAGGAAAAGUUAACACAUUACCUGCAGAUGUGAGAAACUUGGAAUAUCCAGUGCAAACCACAUUCCUACCAGAUGACAGCACAAAGUACCCUGUGUACAACCGUAAAAAGAACAGACCUGCUUCCUCUAUAUCAGAAGUACUAGAGGAAAUGGAGAGGCAACAAAGAGCAAAAGAGCUUGGUGCUGAUCCAGAUCAGUACGAAGAACCAAAGUCCCAUGGAGAGGGGGAUCUGGAGUGGGACCCACUGGUUGACCACACCCCACUCACGAUGGGAAUCCAUGACACUAUUUAUGAGACUCAGGAUGAAGACUCUGACGGUAAGAGCCGAGCGACUUCCUGCGAGUCGGAGGAUCCACUAAAGGUGUUGGAACAACAGCAAGAUCUCCUUCACGAAUACAACGCUGACAGUGGAUAUGAAGCAGAGUCACAGAGGAAUGGUGACGAUGACCUCGACCUCAAUGAGUCCUUAACCCCACCCACCCCAGACAGCUCAAAGCUUUAUUAUGACAUUACAGGGGUGGAGGGGUCACCUCAGUGUACCUCCACCCCCCACAAAAUUAUUGUAGAGUCUGAGGAACAGUUUGUCUAGUCUGAGAGUUCCAUGAAAUUGUCAAUGUUUGAUUUUUUUUUCUUGGUGCUUUUAUUUUAAUUCAAUGUCUCAUUUGUUACAAAUUUAUGCUCAUUUAAUUUAAGAAUAUGUAUAUGUUAAAAACAUAUAUCCUUGCUGACAGAUGUUUUUUUUAAUGUGUUCAAAGCUCACUGAGAACAGAGAAGAUGCAUACUUGUGUGUACUCAUAUAUAAAUUAUUGCUGUGAUUUAAAUAUGUAUGCUUUAAAAAAUUGCUGGUUAUCUUUAGAAGAAAAUAUGACUGUUGAACAAGUGUAUAAUAUUUUUCCAUCAUGUAAAACAAUCCAUUAAUUGUUAUUUUGAAAAGUUGUAUGUCAUUCCAGUUUGUAAGGUGGAAUUGAGGAGGGAUAAUUAGUAAUUUCUGUGGCUUUACAAUUUUUAUGGAAUAUGGGGUUUAAGAGGGCUAGGUAGUCAUGGCCAUUUUUAGGCUAUAUAAAUCUCCUGAAGUAUAAAAAUAUAGGAAAUUGCAUUAGAUAUUAUAUUUGAAGUAUUGAGGUCUUUUCUUUACUAAAUAAUAGUUUAUGGCUAGAAAAAAAUCCUAUUUCUUAUUUCUAGGUGCAUCUGUUUGGUAAUUUGUGUGACCAGCCAGUUCCCUGGAUUUAAAUGAGGGGGGGGGGGGAUUCUACCUCAAUGGUAUUAGGCCUAAACAUCAGAUUGUGAGUGUAGAAUUAUUGUGCAAAUUACAGUUAUUUCAACCACAGACAUUUCCCGUAUAUGGUACGGUAGAACUUUAAAUUUGAAAUUUUUGAAUACCCCUUUCUACCUCUUUCAUAGUGUCUUAGAUAUUAAUGUGUUAAUGUUCAGCGAUGAAGAUUUUUUUGAAAAGUGUAAAGUGCUUUGUUGAGAGUUAGUUCUUUAACUAUAUUGUGAUGCGUACAUGUAUCACAUAACAAUUUUUUGUGUAUGUGUGUUAAAAACUGUGUUAUGAAGAUUUUAUAAUAACAUUCCAGUACUGAUUUUAGCUGUUAUAUAUAUACAUGUAUUUAUUGCAAGUAUUAAUGUGCUUUUCAUGAAGUGAUUAUUUUCUCCAUUAAUUAAUUGACAAGAAACUGAAAUUAAUUGCUUAUUAAAGCUCAUAUCAGAGCAAAUCUGAGCAUUUUAAUGUCCAAAGAAUCUCAUAGAUGCAUGAAUUCCUCGAAAAGAAAUUCAUUUCUUUAGUUAGUUAAUUUGUUGUAGGUAAGAGUUGUCUUUCUUGCUCUAUGUUGGCUAUCGUUCUCUUUAUUCAAGGCAGCAUUGAUGUAAAGUAUUGCAGAAAUAUAUAAUUAAGGCAUUUGGAUGGAGUUCACAUUUCUCACUGUGUAUGUUACCAAAGAAGUGCAAUAAAUCCACUAAAAUGUU